UUUUAGUUGAUAUGUAAUUGUCAAAAAUAAUAGUUUCGUUUUUAAAAUUGAUCAAAAUUCUCAGCCAUGGUAGAAGGAAAUGAAAAUAUAGAUCCCAUAAAAAGACCAGCUAAAAAGAGGAAGAAACAUGCAUCAAAUUUACUCAAUGUUAGAAAUAAAAAAUCGUGUUGUGGAAAAAAGAAAUGUGUAUGUAACGUCCAAAAGGGUGAAGUGGAACCUUGCUCGAAAAAUAUAAAACCUAAUUUGAUAAAUCGAAUUUGCACAUGUGGUAAAUUGGAUUGUGAAUGUUAUGGAUUCCCAACUCAUACAUCUCAUAAUAUUCCCAAGUUUGUGGAUGUAUAUAAAUGUGGAUAUACUGGUGAUGAGCUAAAACCCAUAUGUGUUUGUGGUAAACCUGAUUGCACUUGCCACGGUCAUAAAACUCACGCUAAGAAACAAGAUAAUCUACUAGCGAAACUCAAAGUAUGUGAAGUUCAAGGUACUGAAGUGGAAUCAGUACCACCUUGUGUAUGUGGCAAGCCAUAUUGCAGAUGUAGAAAAAAAUUUAAUCGUGAAAUCGAGAAUGUUCCAAGUAUUGAAAUUAUCCACAUUGAUGCAUGUGAUGUCGUUAAACCAAUGCUGAAAAACUAUUGUGUGUGUAGAAAACCAGACUGUACAUGUUAUCAAGAAAACAGAAUUGUUGAUAACGAUCAAGAGUGUUCGUAUCGUGUUCCGUUGGUGAGACCUCUAUGUGUUUGUGGUAAAAUAGACUGCAAUUGCAAUAUAGAUCGAUAUGGUAUGAACAAGAUUUUGAAAAAAAUCGAAAUUCCUUCUGCACCUGCUCGUUGUAUUUGUGGAAAAAUAUUUUGUGAAUGCAAUAUUGGACGUGUUACAGCAACAUCAGUAGAAAAAAUUUCACGACCUGAUGAGGAACCAUUCAAGAUUGAAAUAGAAAAAAGCGCAUAUGCUAGAGACAGAGGACUUCUAAUGAAGAAUUUUGAAAUUCCCUCAAUAGCAGAUGCUAAGAAAAAUUUAGGAAAACUAACUGGUUUAGUUUAUAAUCAAUGUGAGAGCGUUUUGAAGACGUAUAUACCUCAUAUAUCCCAAAUCGCGUACGGGGACCUUUGGGUAUCGCCCAGUGAUUUAUUAAUACCCCAUGUUUGUUUGAAGGCUCCUUUAACAAGGAAAUACAUGCAGGCUCUAACUCAUGAGGGAAUUCUAGAUAUUGGACAUCAAAUUGAAUUGAAAUUCAUCAGACAAAUGGAAAUUGAGAAGGAAGAGGCUUUAGAAUCGCAGAAGCAAGAAUUAAUGAAUAAAUUCCAAGAUAGCAUUAAGCAAACGAUAAAAGAUGCAGAAGUUAAAGAAAAAGCGGCUUGUCAACGGGAAUUGGAGAAAAUGUCUGAAGAAUUUGAACUCAAACUGAAAGAAGAAAUAAACGCAUUGCAAACGAAGUUAAAAGAGGAGUAUUUGAAUCAGACCAGAGCUCAAGAUGCAAAAAUUAAUGCAAAAUGGGAAUAUAAGCUUAAGCUGGAAGUAGAAGAAACUACCAGAAAUAUAACCAAAAAAUUCUUAGCAGAAUUAGAUAGACAAGAAAAAAUAUUGGCUAUGCAUUUCAAAAUCGAACUUAUGAAAAAGGAAAUGCAGAAAAAAUAUGAUAUUGAGAAAUUACGACUUGACCACAAAAAAGAAAUGCGUAUGAUUCAACACCGUUUGGAGUGUAAUAAUAUUGCUAACAUGAUGUACAUUCUUGUUAUGGAAAGGAGAAAAUGCAAUGAUGAAAAGGAAGCCGUUGAAGAAUAUUAUAAGAAGAAAAUACAAAAAUUGGAUAAAAAGAUUGAUAAGAAUGAGACAACUGUGAAAAAACUUAAAGAAGAGGUUGAAAAUCAGAUAAAAAAUGUUCAACUUCGAGAAACGUGUGUAUUAGAAAUACUUAGACAGUAUCAAAAAUUCAUCAAUUUCGCCUUGAAAUCAGCCCCUACUCAAGCAGAAUUUUUACUAUCAAUUGAAAAACUGAUGCUUUUCGAAUUAACCGACACCUUGAAGAAACUUAAACCUCAGUCAUCACUCAGAGAAAGGGCCGAAGAGGUUACUUUACCAUGGGCGGAGAUGUCACCAAGUCAGGAAUUUGAAACAUUAGAUGUAAGAUUUGGUUUGGAAGUGAAAGAUUACCAUGAUUGCGUCCACGAAUUUGCAAUACCCAAAGAAAAAGAUGAAAUGGUUCUACCUGCGUUUAUAUUCAAAGAUAAACUGUACGUAAGAGAAGAUUUUCGAAAUAUGAUGUCUCAAGGAAUAAAACCAUCAGAAAGUCAUGCUUUGUGGAACGAUGAUGUGAAUUAUUUAAUGGACACCCUCAAAAGGUCUGUAAGCGAAGAAGAAACGGAUUUGGAAAAGAAGAUUAACAGUAGUAUAGAAUCGCGAAGGAAGGUACUGAGAAGUUCUACUGAGAAAGCUUCCGUUAUCCAGUUUAAACUUAUGGAGCAGCCACAACCGUUGGCUGAGUUAGCAAAAAAGAUGUCAGAAGAAAUCCAUUCGAUAAAAGAAAGAGUGGAUACAAAGACGUCUCUGAAAUACACAGUGCCAUUAAUAAAUCAUAUUGAUUACUCAAAAAUAGGUGAAGUAGAAGAAUCGCCAACAUUAUUAGGAAUUGAAAGUUCUUUGGAAUUGCUCUCGAAGAAAUAUAAUACGCAGCGAAAAAAGCAUAAACAGAAAGAUUCAUCAUUUACCACUAUCUCGGAAAAAGAGAUAGAAGAAGAAGAAGAAGUAAAAGGAACUUUUGCUGAUGGAAGACAUUCAACAGAUGCCGAGCGAAGACAUUCAGCAAAUGCUAAUGACGUCUCUGUCGAAAAAUUAGAUGUAAUUUAUAAGAGUUCAGAAACGUUGAAAACUGCAAACGACGAUGUCACUUUGGUAUCUAUGAUGAAAGGAUCACCUAAACGCGACAGAUUCCUUUCGCUAGAUAUCAGAGAUUCAUUAAUAUUACGUCAAGCUUCCUUGGCUAAAGCCACGAAGAGCUUUUCUAUUACCCCAAAUGAUUCAAUCGAAGUCAAAAAAGAGUCUGAAAUCAAUGCAGCACUUCGUCAAAAAUCAUCUAAGUUAGUCACUGCUAGAGAUUCUGUUGUGUUACUUCGACAAUCGAGAUCUCUUCUAAAAGAACCAGCUGUUUGUACGAUAUGUCACAAAAAAGGCGUUAGUAAAGAGAAGGAGAUUGUACCAAGAGAAUGCGAAAAAUGUGCUAAAAACAAAGAGAGUAUUGAAAUAUUUAGUGAUGGUGUUAUAUCAAAAAAAUCAAAAUCGGAAGAGCAUGAUAAACAAAUUAAAUUGUCCCAUGUUGAAAUAAUUUCAUUAAAAGACAAUUUUAAAAACAACGUCUCUUUCCAAAAUAAUCCCUCCAAAAUAGAUGAUGAAAUCGAAGCAGUAUCAAAACCAUUAAUCAACCUUUACAAACCAGCUAAAAAGAAAACUCCAGUGAAAAAGAAACCUCACGAAGAUCAAUGUAAAAAACAAUCUUUUAUACCAAUGGCGCAAAUCAUUGGGGACCGUGAUGGCAAAGAACAUUUACAAAAUGAAGAAGAAUUUACCAUUGAUCGAAUGCGAUCAUUCAUAUCAUUAUUAAGCGAUCACCCUAAUCUUAUUAAGAUGUUCACAGCUUGUCAAAGAUGAUUUUUUUAAAAUACAUUUUGGUA